CCCCCUCAGUGCCCCUCCCCCCCCGGCCGUGUGAGUGCGCCGGAGAGCGCGCAGAGGGAGGUGAGGGAGCGGGGGCUCCGGCGGCUGUUUCCCGAUUGGUGUCACAUUGCCUGGGUCCUGCCCCUUUCCCUGUCUCUCCUUCCUGCUCUCCCGGAGGCCCCGCCCCCUCGCCCAUCAGCCAAUGGGCGCGUGCCGCGAGGGCGGGCGCGUGCCGGGAGGGCGGGCGCGAGCCCCUCUCUGGCCCCGCCCGCGAGCCCCGUCCCAGGCGGCCGGCCCGCUGCGCCAUCCCCGGCCUCCGCUGGCAUCCGGACGGGCCCCGGGCCCCGGGCGCAGGACCUGAGUGACGAUGACUCUGGCGGAGGACCGGACGGAGCAGUACAUUCGGCUGCACCUCAGUCACUUCUUCCGCAUCGACGUCCUGGAGAUCCUGUCCCACCUGCCCUGCCUCACUGCAGCGGACCAGGACAAGCUCCGGGCCUACAUUGAGCGCUAUGGGAACCGGGACAGCGUGUGGAAGCUCUUUGACCACCUCCGGAAGCGCACGGGCUGGGUGAUCUGUCUCAUCACUGCCCUGAGGGAGUGCGAGCACUCGGAACUCGCGGAACAAAUUGAGAAUGUCUACACCUCCAACCUGAACCGGUUCCCGAACCAUCCCAGAGGCUCUGCUGCCUCUGCUCCAGCUGGCCAGGCUGCCAGAAACCAGCCGAUGUCCCUAAACACUCCCCCACGAUCUUCUGGGGUCCCGGGGGCCCUUCUACCUGCCAGCGGGAGCCCAGCCACCAAAGCAGCCAGCUCUUUGCCUGACACCGCCUACAAUGGUUAUCCAGAAGAAUUGGAGAGUGGGGAGGCCGGGGCCGGCUACACUGCCCCCAUCCAGGACACGCAGCCACCGGAGUUUAAGGCAGAGGUCUCAGGGGCAGCCCUGAAUCCUGGGCAUUCUGGGGACACAUCCAGGAGCCCCCAGAGCUCCUCUGGACGCUCUUCUCCUUUCUCAGCUCCUGCCCCCACAGUCACUAAAAAACAUCGCAAAGCAAGCGGAGGAUCUGGUGACAGCCCUCCAGGUUCUGUGUCUCUCCCAGCAUCCAGAGGCCCCCUCUCUCCAUCUGUCUCCUUUGUGCCUCACUCUACUAAGAAGGCAGGCCCAGCAUCAGGACUGCAGCCUCCCCCUUCCCCACGGGAAGCCUCUUCCCCCACAAGCUCAUGGGGAAAUGAAAACCGGCUCCGGGCUGCCUCUCCCAUCCAGGCCGCCGAGCUGCCUGAGGGCACCGUGCCUGCCACCAGGAUCCCCAGGCCCCCGAAGGUGCCGCCACUGGCCCCGAAGUUCCCCAGCUCUCCCCACCCUGCUCAGACGCCCCAGGCGUCCCCGGGGCCAGCCGCCUCCAGGCAGGCGCCCCCUCCCCAUGCGGAAGAGGUGGAGAUGAGCAAACCCGGGGUGCUUCAGUCAUGCGAUGACCAGCCCUACUCCGGCGGCUCUGAGCGCCUGCUCAUCAGCGGCUCCUCGGGCAGCGUGGGCUCCCUCCACAAAAGCUCGACUCCUGGGAAUCUCCCCGAGGAGAAUGACUACUUUUCGGUCACCAGUGGGCCUUCCCCAGGGAAGCCGGAAGCCAGCGGCCCCCCCAAACAGCUCGAGAGCUCCAAGAGCCCCUUCCAGGAAACCCUCAAGCUCCAUGUAGAUGAGAGGCCCAGUGAGAGCCCCCUUGGGAGCGGGUCUGGAUUGGGCCAGACACCAGAUACUGCAGCCCAGCCUGGAGAAUGUCCCAGUGGGGACAGCUCCUGGGGAGUGUGGGUGGGCUCUGCAGUGGCCGUGCUGCUCGUCUCCGUGGCCGUGGCCAUCUUUUACAAACGCAUCCCGAAGUAGGGGGCCCCCAGGCCCCUCCCUCCCUUCCCUUUAAUCAUCGCAGCCUGUGGCCUGUCCCCCGUCUGAGGUGGAGGGAGUGGCCCCCUGUGCUCUCUGGGCUCCUGGGGUGGCCCCUUGGGCCAAGGGUGCUUGAGGCCCCUGGACUGCUUCCUCUGUAAAAAGGAGGCAGUCAGAGGAGCUGCCUCUAAGGGCCCUAGGCUUAGGGAGGCCCGAGUCUAGGCUGCCUGCACCCCUACCGGCCCUGGCCCCAUGCUUUGUGCCAGCUGUAGCUUCUGCAGUGGCUAGCCACGCUCUUGCUCGGUCCUCAGGACCGUGGCCUGCUAGCCGGCCCUCUCUGGUCCAGCUCUAACAUUCGUUUGUCCAGCUAGUAGAGGAGGCAGAGGGGACAGGGGCGCCCCCGGACACGGGCUGUGGGCUGCCAGGGGAAGGAAAGACUUCUCUGGCAUGGGAGGUGCCCAGCCCAGUCUCGGUGACCACCCCUCUGCCUGCUGGUGGAGUGCCCCCCCACAGGUGCUUGGGCCGCUCGGUGAGACCCCCUGUGCUAGACCUGCCCAGGAAGUGCGAGGGGAUCCUGGUCCUGGAGGAACCUAGUGGGAAACAGGAGGUGUCAGGCCUCAAUCCCAUCCCCUGCCGAAAAUGAACCCUUAAGUGCCAGCGGGCCAGGGGCUUAGUGCCUUCCCAGAGAGGCCGUCUCUGCGGGCGAGCCCCGCCCGAGGAGCCGGCCCCCUGCCAGCCAGGACUCCUCGGCCGCCCCCAAAGCUCCCCUGUCAUCGUCCUCUCCUCACCAUCCCACUCAUUCCCAUCUGGUCCAUAGCCAUCCCUUUUCCAGUCCCACGGCCCCUGGAGAGGGAAUGAGAGUUAUGGGGUCGGAUUCCAGCUCAGCCACUUUUCCAUGUCCUUGGCUGAGGCACUUUCUCUGAGCCUCAGUUUCUUUAGCUGUAAAAUGGGGAUUAGAUGAUUUUCCCAGUCUCUUCUAUACUUUCAAUACUAAGGACUGAGGCCCUCACUGCCCUUCACCUCAGGCUGGGCAGCUUUAGCCCCUCCAGCAUUUGCCCACCUCGGGUCCCUGUGGGACCCACGUGGCCAGCUGGUGUUUGGUGCCAGCACCCUCUUCCUAGAGGGAUUACGCAGCCCACCACAUCAUCUCCCCCUCGCUCCUGUUUCUUAGGGGUCCCCUGGCCCGGCCCCCGGGGGCCACACUGGCAGUGAGGAAUAGAUGGAGAACAAGCAGCUUCUUGUGCAUCUGCUCUGCCAGGCGCGUGCUGGGAAGGGAUCCCCGCUGGCCGCCUGCAGCUUCCCUUCCCCUUGGGUGGUCGGCCUGUCACUCCCUGCCUCUGAGGCCGGCUCGUUUCCUACCUCAGGAAGCUCGCCUUGGGCCGGGGCAGCCCUGGGUCUGGGUGCCUUUUAUCCAGUUAGAGGAGGACUCGCACUGUGUAAUCCCGGUAGAUGAAUAAGCACUUGGUCUAGAGAGAAAGGAAGGGAUGACCCGACU